UUUCCGACACUACACCACAAUCGCCUAAAUACGUAUGCACAAUACAGGGUUGCCUAAAAACAUUCAUUUUGGCAUUAAGGCACUUGGCAUUAUCAAACGAUUAUCACUCACACGAUCCGGUAAUAUUUUAAAACUGUUUCAGUCCAUCGCUCAUUUUAGCUAUUUAGCUGAAAACCUAAUAAAUCGUUUACGAUAUGGAAUCGAAAAAAAAAGUUCUCAUGAUCUGUUUAGGCAACAUUUGUCGUUCACCUAUAGCAGAGGCGGUAUUUAUUGACCAAAUGAAUAAAUUAAAUGUGCAACAUUCCUGGGAAGUGGACAGUGCAGCACUCAUUGGAUAUCAUACAGGUAAAGGUCCAGAUCACAGAGCUAUGAAAGUGUUAAGAGAGAAUGGUAUUACAAAUUACUCUCAUAAAGCAAGACCUAUUACCGAGGAAGACUUUCAUACAUUUGAUUGGAUAUUUGGAAUGGAUAACAACAAUAUCUCUGAAUUAAAUAAUAUGAAACCCCCAAAUUGCAAGGCUAAAGUUGAACUUCUUGGAAGAUACGAUCCUGAAGGAAAGACUAUAAUAAGAGAUCCUUAUUAUGACAGUAACAGUGAAGGAUUUCGUGAAGUAUAUGUACAAUGUGUUCGGUCUAUUAAAGCCAUUCUACUUUCUGGAAUUGUGUAAAAUUAAUAAAUAUCUGUUGAAAUAAUAAAA